AUGCCACUAAAGUUACGUGAUGACAAAACGUAUGCAGAGAUUGUACACCCGAAAACUGCACAAAGACCAAAAUUGAAACCUGGUAAACCUUCUUUAGAAUAUCAAACUAUGGAUGAGGAUUUGGAAUGGCUGGAAAGAAGCUUGAUUGCUCUGAUUAGAGUUGAAUCAUUAGAGGAUAUGCUAGGAGCAACGGAGGACAUGAAUACCAUUGUUGACUUGUUUUUUGAGGGGAUUGCGCUUUUUGGAGGGGACUAG